AUGACGGUGACGGUGCGCCACGUGCUGUUUGUGCUUUCCCUCGCGCUGUGCUGCGCCUGCGGGUGUGUGGCGGCGGUGCAGCAGGAUCAGAUGCCUGGCAUCAACGCCCAACUGCCCUCGCCGCUGCAGCCUCAGUUACUGAGUGACAUUGAUGUGCCUGCAGAAUAUACCACCGAGAAAAUAAGAAGUGAAGCUGACGAGGGAAUGAAAGUGAUUCAAGAGGCUUUGAAGAGGGCACAGCAGGCCUCAGCUGAGGCUACGCGGCUGUAUACAAAAGCAGAGGCCGAUAUUAAAGCCGCAGAGGGCAAGGAUUCCAGCAAAACUGGGAGUGGGGGUGAUUCACUUGGAUCAGGGAAAGCGAAGGAUGUGCUCCAGCCUGCCCACUCUUCGAAGAGAACCGUCGAGCACGAAUUAAAAUUGCUGCAGGAGACCAAUCGAGAUGCGGAUGUGGCGUACAAAAGUCUGUUAGCCAAUCUGAAAGAAGGGGAGACAAAACGUGUGGAGGCGUUUAAACAAAUGCNGCCGCGAGUUCCGAAGCCGCCCGCCGACGUGCCUGGCGUUGCUGAGUUGCCCAAUGUUGACAUUGGUGACGGUUCAGAGCAGCAGAGUGGUGGCGGACAUUCGGAGACGAAACCUUCUGGGGGCGGAGCUGAAGCUGGAGCUGGAGCCGAAGGGACGGGAACGACCGGCACAACGGGUGGGGCAGCAGGUGGCUCUGCUGACUUGGCGGGGCGGGACGGCAGUGGCCUUUACACGUGGGUGCGUCCAUCCCUGUUUCUUGUGGUUGCGGCAUACGCUGCCGUGUGA